CGCUGUGGUCGUUGAGAGAGUAAGAGAUGUGUCCUCGAGCUGCUCCAACAUGCGAUAUCUGCAAGAAGCUUGUAUCCAAAUACAAGUGCCCUUCUUGUCUUGUUCCUUACUGCUCAUUGGGUUGUUUCAAGAUUCACAAAGAGACUCCAUGUGCUAAACCUUCUGGUCCUUCUUCAACAGAGGAUAAGCCAGCAGCUUCUCCAGCAAAGGAAGUUCCACCAGCAAAGGAAGUCCCGGUGGAAAGACCUGAGGAAGCUAAUGAUGUAGUAGAGAAGACACAGCACAAGGCUAGUGCUGAAUCUCCAGCAAAGGAAAUACCCGUAGCAAGACCGAUACAUGUAGAGGAGGAAAAGUAUGUUUUAGAAAAGACACAUUUCGAGGCUAUCGCUUCUUCUAGUGAAAUCCGAGAAGCUCUAAAGGAUGAAGCUCUUCAGAAACUCAUCUACAGUAUUGAUAGUUCUUCCAACCCUUUACAGGAACUCGAUGAAGCCAUGGGAUUAGAAGCUUUCCGCGAAUUUACAGACAAGAUUCUAUCAAACAUUUCGAAGAGUAAUGACGAGAAGUGAGCGUAGUCGCUUCAGAACAUAAGUUUCAGAAGUAUUCUUGCUUAGUGUUUUUGAUACGUAGUUUCAGAGAAAUGUUUACCAGCUAUAAAACGACUUAUGAUAU